CAAAUGUUAAAGCCGAAUUCAUAAUUCCCGCUCGUUUUUGUCAUUGCCGCCAAAAUUUGCCCUAAUUUUUCUCAAUCGUAGGUUGGUGAAGGUGACUGUGGAAGCCAUGAAUACGAGAGAUGUAACUUUGAUAUCAUCUGCUACUCUCAUCGGUGCUUUAGCAUCCGCAUUUGUUCUUCGCUUCUUCUUCGACAAUCGUAAACAGCAUCAAUCUUCCUCUAAAUCGGUUCAACUUCCUUCUACUCGGUCUCCUUUCGAUCCUUCCAAACGUCUAGGUUACUUAUCUUGGGAUGACUAUUUUAUGGCAAUCGCUUUCCUUUCAGCUCAGCGCUCCAAAGAUCCUAAUCGCCAGGUUGGUGCUUGUUUGGUUAGCCAAAAUGGUGUAAUUCUUGGCAUUGGCUAUAAUGGAUUCCCCCGAGGAUGUUCAGAUGAUAAGCUUCCAUGGGCAAAGAAAUCAAAAAACGAAGAUCCUUUGGAAACCAAGUAUCCUUAUGUUUGUCACGCAGAAGUGAAUGCAAUUCUCAACACCAAUCAUGCAUCAGCUGCAGGACAGAAACUUUAUGUUACGAUGUUCCCAUGCAAUGAAUGUGCUAAAAUAAUUAUUCAGUCCGGUGUUUCUGAAGUUAUUUACUUUGUAGAGAAGAGGCUUCCAAAUUCUGACAAAUGCUAUUUUGCUUCUCAUAAGUUACUCUCGUUGGCUGGUGUAAAGGUCAGGAAACAUCAACCUCAAAUGGGUCAGAUCAAUAUAAAAUUUGAAGAGCCCUGAAGAAUUGUUGAAUGUUGCCAUUUGCUGCCCUUACUCCAUCACACUUGCAACUCGAAUUAGUUUUGAUUGUAGGACGCUGGCGACUCCAUUUCUUCCUAUCUUCGUAUUUGAAUAUUUACCUCCAAGUGAAUUCAACUUUCAGUGUUGUUCUGAUGAAAAAGAAUGUAUAAGAAACAAUGAAGAAUUAUAUGUAAGCCUGAAUAUAGGAACAAAAUCCAUGGUUGAACUUAUCAUACUUUUCUUUCUGCAUUUCUGUUACGAGCGAGUGAAAAUGUUGCGUCACUAUUUCUGAAACCGUGUACCAUUAAGAAGCCUAAUUUUACAUUAAGUAUACAAAGUAAACUCUUC